AUAUCGCAGUCAGCAGUGAACUAGCAUCGCGAGACUCGCGAGUACUCAGUGUAGAUCUCAUAGACGUUAGCUAACUGCAAUAUGGGAGACGUGGCCGGGCCGAAGCAGCAGAAGCAAGAUAAGGCACGAUAAUCGUCUCCUCCAAAAGAAAGAGAGCAACAAACUCUCUAGUUGCACACGUGUAUAUAAAUAGAGAGAAUCGCCGAGAGCAAGAGUGUGUUAAUAAUAGGGGGUCGUCGGAGGCAUGCUGCUGGCGAGUCUUGCCUCUCGGGGUAUUGGUCUUGUACGAACAGUGCGGCCCGGCACUAGGUGGAAGUCGCUACGCGCCCUGGCAAAAAUGAAGCAAAAAAUAGCAAAUCCAGAAAAAAAUUCUGUCAAGGAGCUGAAUCCAUGGCCUUCUUACAUCCAGGAGAGAAUAGCUCUUUUUGAUAAGUUGAAGGCUGAAUACGAAGCUGACCUUCAGGCAAAGCCGUCUACUGAGAUAACCGUGACUCUCCCUGAUGGAAAAGAAGUACCAGCUCAAAGUUGGCGCACUACUCCUUACGAAGUGGCUAAAGGAAUAAGCCAGGGUCUGGCUGACAACACAGUCAUUGCCAAGGUAAACAAUGAAUUGUGGGACUUGGACAGGCCACUCGAGAAGGAUUGUAAGCUGCAACUGCUGAAAUUCGAUGAUCCAGAGGCUCAGGCAGUCUUCUGGCACUCUAGUGCUCACAUUCUUGGAGAAGCUCUUGAGAGGGUAUAUGGAGGUUGUCUUUGUUAUGGUCCACCCAUUGAAAAUGGCUUCUACUAUGACAUGUUCAUGGGACAAGAUAAGGGUAUCUCCCAGGAGGACUUUCCUUACCUGGAGUCCCUGUUCAAAAAUAUUGUAAAAGACAAGCAGUCAUUCGAAAGGCUGGAGAUGAAGAAAGAGGAUCUGUUGGAAAUGUUCAAGUACAAUGAAUUCAAAGUUAGAAUUCUGAAGGAGAAGGUCCAGACUCCUACCACUACUGUAUAUAGAUGCGGACCUCUAAUCGAUUUGUGUCGAGGACCUCACGUACGUAAUACUGGCAAGAUCAAGGCUGCAAAGAUCACCAAGAGCUCGUCGGCUUACUGGGAGGGUAACGCGAACGCAGAGACGCUGCAGCGCGUCUACGGUAUCAGCUUCCCCGACUCGAAGCAGCUCAAAGAAUGGGAGAAGUUCCAGGAGGAGGCAGCCAAGCGAGAUCACCGCAAAAUCGGUAAAGAACAGGAACUGUUCUUUUUCCACGAGCUCUCGCCUGGCUCUUGCUUCUUCCAGCCAAGAGGAGCGCAUAUUUACAACACGCUUGUCGAGUUCAUUCGCGGCGAGUACAAGAAGAGAGGCUUCCAGGAAGUCGUAACGCCGAACAUCUACAACAGCAAACUCUGGCAGACCUCCGGUCACUGGCAGCACUACUCCGAAAACAUGUUCUCGUUUGAUGUGGAGAAGGAAACUUUCGCGCUCAAACCGAUGAACUGCCCUGGUCACUGUAUGAUCUUUGACGUACGAAACAGAUCUUGGCGCGAGCUGCCUCUGCGAAUGGCAGACUUUGGUGUGCUCCAUCGUAACGAACUCUCCGGUGCGCUAACUGGUCUUACUCGAGUGCGUCGUUUCCAGCAAGACGACGCGCACAUUUUCUGCACGAGCGAGCAGAUCAAGGACGAGAUGUUGGGCGCCCUCGACUUCCUCGACCACGUCUACUCGGUCUUUGGCUUCACCUUCAAUCUCUGCCUCUCCACCAGGCCUGAGAAGUUCCUCGGUGAAGUCGCCGUGUGGGACGCCGCUGAGAAAGCGUUGUCCGAGAGUUUGGAUGCCUUUGGAAAGCCCUGGACCCUGAAUCCCGGUGAUGGAGCGUUUUAUGGGCCUAAAAUUGACAUUACUAUUAUGGACGCACUCAAGAGAGCACAUCAGUGCGCUACUAUUCAGUUGGACUUCCAGCUGCCUAUUAGGUUCAACUUGAACUACGUCAACGAAACGGGUGAGAAGACGCGACCGGUUAUAAUCCACCGAGCGAUUUUAGGUUCGGUUGAACGCAUGAUCGCUAUCCUCACGGAGUCGUAUGCAGGCAAGUGGCCUUUCUGGCUGUCGCCACGCCAGGUGAUGGUCAUUCCUGUAGGUCCAUCGCUUGAUGAAUACGCAACCCAGACCCGCGACAAAAUCCACGCUGCCGGAUUCAUGACCGAGGUAGAUACUGAUCACGGUGACACGCUUAACAAGAAGAUCCGUAAUGCUCAGUUGGAUCAGUUCAACUUUAUCCUUGUGGUCGGUGAGAAGGAGAAGGCGGCGGGUACCGUCAACGUUCGUACCAGGGACAACAAGGUACACGGUGAGAUCGGCGUCGACGACCUCAUCCAGAAAUUCCAGACUUUCAAGGAGACCAAGGCUCGUAACUGUGAAGAGAACUUCUAAGGCGUCAAUCACUUUUAGGGAAUUUGUAAUAUUUAAUAUUUAUGCAUAAGUUCAUUAUCUUUAUACUUACGAUGCUACGCGCACUUAUAUGUUCUGGGUUACAUUCGCGAGCAUAUACACUUACUCGUCGUUGUAGAUUUGUACUUUCUUGCAUAUUGGCCCUCCUUCGAUACGCGAUUUUUUUUGUACACAGCGGCUCUUUAAUAAAAUACAAGCAGCCGAAUAAAUUCAGUAGCAAAAUGUAUUCGACUGCUGUUUCAUUGAGCUUUAAGGCAAAUAAAGAAAGUCAUUCAUUUUUCACAAACUGAUUA